AUUUUUUUCCGAUUUCGGUGGGGCUCUUAUAAACUGGUACCGAAAAUCAAACAUUAUCAUAUUCAAAUAUUGACAAGAGAAAAAUGGAAGAAACGGAUAUGAUGCAUCAAACAGAUGCGGAUGCAAUGAACACUGAAGAAAAGGCUGUAAUGGACAAAUUGAAUCAGAUUGUAGAAUGGUGGUUGAAGCCGUGUGAACAAAGGGGCAUCGAUAUUUCGGACGAAUUAAAUAGCAUACCGGAUUGGAGACUUCUUGAAAUGAUUAAUCAAGUACAACAUAACUUAAUAAGAGUGAAUGCAGUUAAAGAUCAAUGGGCUAAUAGGACGUCCCAAAGAAAAUUCGAUGACAUAUUUACAGACAACACUUAUCCUUUUUUACCAAAACUGCCAAAAGAGUACGGAAAAAUGGUGCCUGCUAGUUAUUUUAAAAGUAAAAAGUUAGCAGAUCUGCUUAAAGAUGCUUAUCACAACUCUCUGAUCUACGCAGCUGCUGUAUCAAUGCUCGCUAAGGAGAAGUAUUCUAAUCCGGCCGCAGAAAAAGUUUUCCAUUACAUGAAAUUCGAAAUAAAACAGUUGAUAUGCGAACUAUAUUCGUUUUGCGAAGAUUCUAAAGUCGUGGUUACAUCUAACGUAUCUGCAUCCGUCGUACCGCAAAAUCUACAGGGAUCAAGUCUGGAUUUAACUCAACAGCUAAUCAGAGAACACAUUAUCUUCAAGGAGUACAUAAAUUUCUUGCAGUAUUUGGAACAACUGUUAAUGUAUAUUAAGAAUCAUUUAUUUCCAGCUAAAAGAUUCUAAAUUGUUAUAUCUUUAACCUCAUCAUGUAAACUUUU